AGCGUCUCCAAGGUGCCACUCUUUUGGUGAUGGCAAAUAAACAAGACUUACCGGGGGCGGUGGACGAUGAGCAAAUCAAAGAGAUCCUCCGAUUGAAAGAUAUCAAGAGCCAUCACUGGCACAUUGAAGCGUGCAGCGCAGUUACAGGGGAAGCUCUGCAGGACGGCAUGCAAUGGAUUGUGAGAGAUAUACAGUCUCGUGUGUAUCUUCUUGAUUGAUUAGUGUUAGCGCUGAUGUAUUGAAGCUUACAACACAGACAAUCAAGUCCACUGGAUUGUGUCGCUACAUAUCAUCUCGCGUGUUAUAUUCGACGGAAAUGUAAAUAUGCAUUGCACACAUAACGUAAUCCACAACUCCAAUGCUCUCUUGAACUUCAUCACUGCCACAACAGAGUGUGCAGCGCAGUCAUAAGGGACGCUCGAAAAGACAGGAUGCAGUGGGUCGGCAGAUAAAAAGUCUCAUCUGGAUUUCUCGCCAAAAAAACAAAACUCGUGAUUGUACGUUCCAAAGUGUGACAAUUUAUACAUCGUCACAAGCCGAAGUGUGUUGUGCAGAUUUAGACAAUUGUGGGGCAUUUUGCAGACUGUGCAGAUUCGAGUGAUUGUACAGCAAGGUGAAGAUUGUGAAUACAACCGGCCUUUUUGAAACAAUAAAGGG